GCUUGCCAAGCUCAAGGGACCUAAAAUACAUACAUAUAUAUAUGCUGGCAGCGACUCUGUUCUGUAGAUAUACAUUCAGUCGCUCUUCUUCUACUCUGUUUCUCUUUCACUUCUUCUUCUUCUUCUUCUUAUAGAAUUUGAUCAUGUUCUUAUACUCUGUUUCUUCGCCCUCCCCCCUUUCUCUUUGCCAGCAAUUAGCAGGAUUUUGAUACAUAUAUAUAUAUAUAUAUGAUAAGAAUCUCUCUCUCUGCCUGCAAGCAGGCGCAGCCCCUGGUGGGCUUCCCGGGGGGGCUGAACAUGGAACCAUUCAUCACUCGGCGGCGCAAGGACAAGGUAGUGGUGGUUAUGGGCGCCACGGGCACCGGAAAAUCCAGGCUCUCCAUCGACCUCGCUGCCCGCUUCCCCGCUGAGAUUGUCAAUUCCGACAAAAUGCAAGUCUACAAAGGCCUCGACAUACUCACCAACAAAGUCAGCGAAGAAGAGUGCCAUGGCAUCCCCCACCACUUGCUCGGCUUCGUCGACCCUAGUGCCGACUUCACCGCCGCCGAUUUCCGCCAGCACGCGUCGCUAGCCAUCGACGCCAUCGUCAGCCGCGACCGCCUCCCGAUCAUCGCCGGCGGAUCCAAUUCGUACAUCAAGGCCCUGGUGAACGACGACAUUGAAUUCCAGUCUAAAUACGAUUUCUGCUUUCUCUGGGUUGACGUUUCCUUGCCCGUUCUUCACUCAUUCGUAUCGGAGCGAGUCGACCGGAUGAUCAGAGACGGUUUGGUAAACGAAGUCAGGGAAAUCUUCGAUCCGAAAGCGGAUUAUACCCGCGGGAUCCGCCGAGCUAUUGGAGUUCCGGAAAUGGACGAGUUUUUGAGAGCCGAAUCGACCGGCGAUGAAGAAACCAAGGCGACUCUGCUCCGAGAAGCGAUCGAGAAGAUCAAGUCGAACACCUGCAAAUUAGCUUGCUGCCAGUUGCAGAACAUUCUCAGGCUGCAGAACCAGAUGGAAAGGAACCUCCACCGGAUCGACGCGACGGAGGCGUUCCUGAAGCGGCGGGGCAAAGCCGGCGGCGCCUGGGAGAGCCUGGUGGCGGAGCCAAGCACCAUGAUUGUGGACCAAUUCCUCUUCCAGGACGACUUCGUGGCCGCCGCCAUCGCCUCCGUCUCCGCCCCUAGCUCCAUCAUAGGCGCCACCCCGGCCGCCGUCGCCGCCGCAACUCACUAGAGAAGCCCCCGGCUUUAGUCAAUUAAUAACAAGGAACGCUGUCGCGGCGCCACGUAGCGAGCUGAGAGAAUUGGAACUUCCACUGGUGAUAUAUUUUUUAGGGUUUUCCUUUUUUGCCCUUGUAUAGAAAGGAGGGAAGAGCGGUUACUUUCAGGUUCGUUAAGCACCUGCGCCGGCGGCCGAUCCGAGCUGGAUUUAUAAUUUUAUAAUAAUAAUAAUAAUAAUAAUAAUAAUAAUAAUAGUACAUAUAUUGAUAGAGUGUAGUGGCGGUGUAAGGUAGGUUCUGUGGGCCGUGUAGGCCCCACAGUUUGGUGGACCCCACCGAACUUCGUGUGCCUCUGUGAGGGUUGGGGGAGAGAUUUUGGGUGCUUUGGUGUGACAUGUUUUUGACAUGAGCUGUAUUAUUCUGAGAGUGAGACAACUAGUCUUAUUGUUGUAAUAAUAAUAUAUAAACGACAUUUGGAAUA